CUGCCGCACGUCGGUUGCUAGCACAGCGCUAGCUUUGAGUCAUCCGAUCAUCAGCCGAGAUGGCAGGCGUACGAGCAGUGGGCAUUCUCUCCAGGUUUGCGACCAGCAAAUAUUCACAUUUUGCAGGUUAUGGAGGACGAGGCCUGUCAUCAUCAGCAGCCAUGCUGACCCGGACCCAUGUCAACUAUGAGCUGAAAGAUGAUGUGGCUGUUGUCCGAAUAAAUGACCCAAGCUCCAAGGUGAACACCCUGUCCAAGCAGAUGCAGGCAGAGAUGACUGAGGUGAUGGGGGAAAUCUGGGGGAACUCUGCAGUGAAGAGCGCUGUGCUGAUCUCCUCCAAACCUGGCUGCUUCAUCGCCGGAGCCGACAUCAACAUGAUCCAGGCAUGUAACAGUGCCGGUGAGGUCACCACUCUCUCUCAGGAGGGCCAGAAGAUGUUUGAGAAGAUUGAGAAGUCCCCCAUCCCCAUAGUGGCAGCUAUCAACGGCUCAUGUCUGGGUGGUGGCUUGGAGUUUGCACUAGCCUGCCAGUACCGCGUGGCCACCAAGAGCAAGAAGACCAUCCUGGGCACUCCUGAGGUGAUGCUGGGGCUGCUGCCUGGAGCCGGAGGCACCCAGAGACUCCCCAAGAUGGUUGGGCUGCCCACAGCCUUUGACAUGAUGCUGACGGGCAGGAACAUCAGAGCAGAUAAGGCCAAGAAGCUGGGCCUGGUGCACCACCUGGUGGAUCCUCUGGGCCCGGGGCUGAAGAGCCCUGAAGAGCGGACCAUUGACUACCUGGAGGAGGUGGCCGUGGGACUGGCCAAAGGCCUGGCCAACAAGAAGGUGUCCACGAAGAAGGAGAAGGGCCUGAUGCAGAAGUUGCAGGAUAUGGUGAUGGGCCUGCCUAUUGUCCGGAAGCAGAUCUACAAGACCGUCCAUGGCAAAGUCAUGAAGCAGUCCAAAGGCCUCUAUCCUGCACCUCUAAAAAUCAUUGAGUGUAUCCAAGCUGGUGUGGAGAAGGGUUCAACUACUGGUUACCAGACAGAGGCUCAGAACUUUGGCCAGCUGGCAAUGACCAAUGAAUCCAAAGCCCUGAUAGGCCUGUACCACGGCCAGGUGUCCUGCAAGAAGAACCACUUUGGCAAGCCAGAGCGGGCGGUCAAGAACCUGGCCAUCCUGGGAGCGGGACUGAUGGGGGCGGGCAUCGCCCAGGUAUCAGUGGACAAAGGCCUCGCCACCAUCCUGAAGGAUACCACGUCGGAGGGACUGAGUCGAGGACUGGAGCAGGUUUACAAAGGGCUGAAUACCAAGACCAAGAAAAGGAGCAUCACAUCAUUUGAGAGGGACUCCACUUUGUCCUAUGUCACUGGUCAGCUUGACUACAGUGGCUUCGACAAGGUCGAUAUGGUGAUUGAGGCCGUGUUUGAGGACCUGUCAAUCAAACACAAAGUGAUCAAGGAGGUGGAGGCAGUUAUUUCUCCUCAUUGCAUCUUUGCCAGUAAUACGUCUGCUCUGCCCAUCAAAGACAUUGCAGCUGCCAGCAAACGACCAGAAAAGGUGAUAGGCAUGCACUACUUCUCUCCAGUAGAUAAGAUGCAGCUUCUGGAGAUCAUCACCACAGACAAGACGUCGAAAGACACCACGGCCUCCGCCGUCGCCGUCGGCCUCAAGCAGGGCAAGGUCAUCAUAGUAGUAGGGGAUGGUCCAGGUUUUUACACCACGCGCUGUCUGGCUCCCAUGUUGGCAGAGGCCGUCAGAGCAUUACAGGAAGGGGUUGGGCCUAAGAAGCUAGACGAGCUGACCACUAGCUUUGGGUUCCCGGUCGGCGCGGCGACCCUGUCAGAUGAGGUGGGCAUUGAUGUCGCUGCACACGUGGCCGAGGACUUGGGCAAAGCCUUCGGCUCACGGUUCGGUGGUGGCAACGUGGAAGUACUCAAGACCAUGGUAGAGAAAGGCUUCAAAGGCCGCAAGUCCGGGAAGGGCUGUUAUGUGUACGAAAAGGGCUCCAAGAGCAGACAGGUGAACUCAGGAGCCGAGGAGAUUAUCAAACGCUUCGCAAUCGCUGCCCCACCAGCUGUCUCUAGCAAUGAGGACGUGCAGUUCCGUCUGGUUUCCCGGUUUGUGAAUGAGGCGAUCUUGUGCCUUGAGGAAGGAGUUCUACCGGACCCUCUGCAGGGAGACAUUGGAGCAGUGUUUGGCCUUGGCUUCCCCCCCUGCCUUGGAGGUCCCUUCCGGUUCGUCGACGCCUUCGGAGCCGACAAGCUCGUGCAGAAGAUGCGUCGCUACGAGGAGGCCUACGGUAACCACUUCACUCCCUGCCAGCUUCUGCUUGACCACGCCAAAGAUGCAAGCAAGCGCUUCCAUAAGUGACCUUCCACCCCGACCUUUGACCCCCAGCAGGGGGGUCACGCAAGCACUAACCCUACCUUCUGAAGGAGCCACCUCCCCCUAACUCCGCUUGGCCAGUGCCUCAUCAUCUGGUGGAGUGACUGGGGAGUCUGGACUUGUCAUAUUUUUUCCAUCAGUGAAUUGGGAUAAUUUUAUGUGUAUGGGAGGGGGGUAUUUGUGAUAUGUUUUUGUAUGUUAUGUCUUAUUUGUUUAUGUGAAUAUUUUGUGUCUGCAUGUGGCUCGGAUGUAGUGUGUAAUUUUAAGUUGAUUCUUUUUUUUUUUUUUUGUCGUGGCCAUCGCAACGUUCAAAGGAUUCUUGAUGCUCUUGAGGGGAAUUCCCAUGUCCACAUCUCCCGAAAUAAACCCCCUACAACUAUA